UUGGCCGCUGCCGUCACGUGACGGCCGCCCGCCGGCUCGGCCGGGCCGGGUGGCGCCGCUCGCGGUGCGGGUCCGUGGGCUUGGGCCGGGCCGCGUCCCUCAGUGCCGCGGGCCUUGAGCUGCCCCGUGCGGCUGAUGAUGCCGUGGCGGAGGCGGCCGCGUCGGUAGGACCCGCUGUCGUAGCUCCCCGUUACCGGGCGGAGCUGGGCCGGUCUCCCCGCCCGCCUGCGGGACCUCGGGAGCGGCUCCGGACAUGAUCUCCCACGCGGAGCCGAAGGCGGAGCUGUGGUUCUCCCAGCGGCGUGCCUGCAAGGGCCAGGCCGGUCUGCGUGGGCCCUGUCCAGCUGAGGAUGGGAUUGAGAGCAAGAAAGAGGAGAAUCUCCGCUGGGGCGUUCCUGGGCCAGCAAAGCCCGAGGGUUUACAGUCAGCACCAUCCAAGAAGAGCUCCCAGAGUCCUGAACGGGACCAGCUUCACCUGCGCAGGUCAGAAGGGGUUCAGAGAGCUCCCCUGGGGAAGAGGCAAAGCCGAGUGAUGUUACGUGGAAAGAGCUUCAGGAGACUGCCAGAUAUCAUGCAGCAGAGAAAUCCUGCUGCGGGGAGACUGACGAUAUGUGGGGACUGUGGGAAGAGCUUCCGAGUGAGCUCCAACCUCAUCCAGCAUCGGAGAAUCCACACCGGAGAGAAACCCUUCACCUGCACCGACUGCGGGGAGAGCUUCCGGCAGCGGUCGCACCUCAUCCAGCACCAGAGAAUCCACACCGGGGAGCGGCCCUACGCGUGUGCCGAGUGUGGGAAGAGCUUCAGCAUGAGCUCCAAGCUGAUCCGCCACCAGAUAACCCACACCGGGGAGAAGCCCUACAAGUGCGCAGAGUGCGGGAAGAGCUUCUCCGGGAACUCCCAGCUCGUCCAGCACCGGCGAGUGCACACCGGGGAGAAACCCUACGAGUGCGGCGACUGCGGGAAGAGCUUCAGCGUGAGCUCAGCCCUCACGCGGCACCAGCGGGUCCACACCGGGGAGAAACCCUACGAGUGCGUGGAGUGCGGGAAGAGCUUCAGCCAGAGCUCCGAGCUCAUGAAGCACCAGCGGGUCCACACCGGGGAGAAGCCGUACGAGUGCUCCGAGUGCGGGAAGAGCUUCACGGUGAGUUCUGCCCUUAUCCAGCACCGGCGGUUCCACCUGGGCGAGCGCCCUUACAGCUGCACCGAGUGCGGGAAGAGCUUCACGGUGAGCUCUCACCUCAUCCAGCACCGCCGCUUCCACACCGGGGAGCGGCCCUUCGAGUGCGCCGAGUGCGGGAAGAGCUUCCUGUGGAGGUCGGCCCUGCUCCGUCACCACAGGGUCCACACUGGGGAGAGGCCCUACGCCUGCGCCGACUGCGGGGACAGCUUUCGGCAGAGCGCCCACCUCAUCCAGCACCGCCGCAUCCACACCGGGGAGCGGCCCUACGCCUGUGCUGACUGCGGGAAGGGCUUCACCGUGAGCUCCGCGCUCCUCCGGCACCGGCAGAUCCACCGAGGAGGGGAGCCCUAGGGGACGGCCCAGGGCGUGGAGCGGUUCGGUCUGAUGCUCGGUGACACCCCCGGGAGCAAAGCCCGGUGUCUCUGUCCCUUCACUACCGAGUGCCCUGUUUGUGGGGGGUGAAGGCAAUUUCUUUUUAGGAGAACGAGUCCUGAAAGGUGGAGAUGGAGGGAGGUGGCGAAGAGCUGAACUGGAGGUUUGGGGAGGAGGGUGCGAUGCAGCGUGGGAAGGAGGCAGGAUAGCUCUUAGAGAGAAGCAAGUCGUUGGAGAAGGGGCAGAAUAUCCUCAGUGGUGUAUUUUAGAGGAAGGGAAAUACCUCUGUGCAGAGGGCUUGGAGAAUUAUCGGAGGGAGGAGUCCCAGAGCCUGCAAAGCUCCGACCUGGGUAAACAAAAGCUUCUUCAGCGGCUCUGAUUUACCUGCUCCAGUCUGAGGGCCGUGCCCAUAGCACCGAGAAGCCCAAAGCCCCGUGCUGCUGCCGCCCACGGCUGUGUCUGACCGUGUGUCCGGUCGCAGUGCGGUGGCAGGCCGCCGGUCUGAGGCCUCUGUCCGUCUGUCCGUCCCUAGCCAGCGGGCUGCGUGGGUGCGUGGGGCUGCCCCCCUCCCUGGGCUCCGGCCGGAGCAGCCUCACGGUGCUCCCUGAGGGUGUCCUGGACUCACAGCUUUGAAGAUGUGGGAAUUGAGCGCUCUUUCUGAAUGUGAAUAAGCAUUAAAUUGUACGCUAAUGAGGUUUAAUUAUUUCUAAACCUUGCAAAUAAACCACUGCAUUGCAAAGCA